AUGGACAAUUUUUGCUGUUUUCCUGGUAUGGCGCCGGUAGAACCACCUCCGGAGCCUAAAAAAUGCAAACCACCAGCUCCGUGCGCACCGCCACCAGCGCCACAGCGCCCAGUGGUAUACGUAAGCGCUGCUCCAGCUCCGUAUGCUGGAGGGGCACCACCACCAUCGCCCGCUGGUGGAUAUCCUACUCCUGAAGGGGGUGGACCAGCGCUUGGAGGAGGUCCAUCACUCGCUGGCGGAUAUACUAGUCCUGGAGGGGGCGGACCAGUGCUUGGAGGAGGUCCAUCACCCGCUGGCGGAUAUGCUAGUCCUGGAGGUGGUGGACCAGUGCUUGGAGGAGGUCCAUCACUCGCUGGCGGAUAUACUAGUCCUGGAGGUGGUGGACCAGUGCUUGGAGGAGGUCCAUCACCCGCUGGCGGAUAUGCUAGUCCUGGAGGUGGUGGACCAGUGCUUGGAGGAGGUCCAUCACCCGCUGGCGGAUAUGCUAGUCCUGGAGGUGGUGGACCAGCGCUCGGAGGAGACCCAUCACUCACUAGUGCCUAUGCUGGUAGUGGGCCAGUAGUUGCAGGGGGACCGUCACCUGCUGGCGCAUAUGCUGUUAGCGGAGGUGGCGCACCAGUAAUCGCAGGAGGACCAUCACCCACUGGCGCAUAUGUUGGAAGCGGAGGUGGCGCACCAGUAAUUGCAGGAGGACCGUCACCGACUGCCGCAUAUGUUGGGAGUGGCGCACCAGUGAUCGCAGGAGGACCGUCACCAACUGGCACAUAUGCUGGUAGCGCAGCUGGUGCACCAAUGAUUGCAGGAGGACCGUCACCGAGUGGUGCAUAUGUUGGAAGCGGAGGUGGCGCACCAGUAAUUGCAGGAGGACCGUCACCGACUGCCGCAUAUGCUGGUGCCGGAGGAGGUCCCAGUGCGGCAGCUAUUGCUGGCACGGGCGGCGCGACAUAUGUAUCUUCUGGGAGGAGAAAGUAG